AUGGCCAUGCAGGUUCCCAUCCCACCACAACAGCCACUGCAGCACCGAUUGGUCGAUCAUCCCGCCGGCGGCUCCUCUCGCCCGCGCUCCUCGUCGACUUCAGCGGGUCCUGGCUCUACUGGUGCCGCCCACGCUGCUGUCCCUGUCAACCUGACACAAGCUGGAGGCACUCGAGGACUUGCUCCUCCUCCUCCUCACAUGAACUUCAACAGUAACAAUCACUCCAACAGUUCGACCAGACCUUCUUCUGGAACAACUACAUCGACAUCCACCUCGUCAUCAUCAACAGCACCUGCAGCAGCUGCAGCAGCAACAGCUCGUGACCACCAGCCUCCUUCCUACGCUGCUGGUAUGAUGGAGAGCAAGCCACAGCCCCGCUCGCCUGCAGACGACCUCUUUCCCCCCAACAAGGUCGACCUCGACGCUGCCCGCUACCGUCAAUCCCAACAACAGCAGCAGCAGCAGCAGCAGCAGCAAUCUCAAUCUCGUCGCGAGCGUCCCACCCCACCGUCCAAGGACCCUCGCGACAACAACAGACGCCCUUCCCAACAGUCCAACGGCCGCCCCUCGUCCAACACCAUGGCUGCAGGCGGUGCUGUCCACCACGGCCACCCUCCUCCCUUCUCUCCCGGCGGUGGUGGUGGACGCCCCGUCUCACCCGACUCCUCUCUCCUGGCGACGCCCACCGGCCUAGGUCUGGGCCCUGGCAUCCAGCGCAUGCCGACCCCGAGCCUGGCCAGCUCGGUCCUGCAGCCCCUCGACGCAAAGGUAGCCGAGUACGGCGCCCUGAUGGCCGAAGCCCAGGCCGAGACCGUCCGCCUCGACGAGGAGAUGCGCGCCCUGCAGGAGCACCAGCGCGAGGCCGAGCAGCGGUUUCUCGAGGCCAAGGCCAAGCACGAUGACUACCGACGGCAGUACGCUGACGUCGAGAGGGCGCUGCGUGGGGACCUUAGCGGCGUGGGUGGUAGCAGCGGUGCUCUGGCGAAUGGAGCCGGAGGAAGAGGCGGUCAGUAUGGCAGUGGUAGGGACCGUGGCGGACGGGAUGGAGGAGGUGGGUUUCAUGACGAUGAGGAUGGUGGUGAUGGACGUGUUCCUCCUGUGCCGUCGAUGCCCAACCUGCACCAUUAUGGCCAGGGCAGCGGCAGCGGCAAUCUCCUUCGCGGCAACAACCCGCACCCGGGCAUGCAGAGCCAGAGGACCGUCAGCUACCAGAGCGAUGACGGCGAAGGGCGUCCUGGCUCCAAGAGAGGUCGCUGGAGCAAACUGUUUGGUGUCUGA